AAAAUACAAGAUGGUAUAGCCACAUAUCAGAAUGUGGUUUCUUCUUUGAAUGCAUCUGGUGAAGCCAUUACAAGUCACUGUAAUCCAGUUGAUGCUCAGUUAUUGAGACACAAAUUAGAAGCACUCAAUACACGAUGGAAGAAAGUUUGUGCAGAGGUAUCUGAUAGAAAAGAAAGGUUUGAAAAAGAGACAAUAGAACAAGAAGACUUUCAAGAGGAUUUAGAUGAUUUAAUGUUUUGGUUAGAUGAAUGUGAAGGAAUGAUGAACAGACCAUUACCAAUUCCAGCAGAUGACCAAUCACUUCUUGAUUUAUUGGAAAAAGUCAGGGACAGAGAAGAUGAACUUGGUAAUCGUAAAGAUUGCUUGACAGUGGUAGUUCAGAAUGGUGAUAAGUUGGUCAAACAGAUUGGAUCACCUUCUUCCAAUACAUUACAAAUACAAAGACAAUUACAUACUAUUAAUAAUAGAUGGGAUCAU